CCCCAGGUCUCUUAGGUGAUGCUGCAGCCAAGAUGGCGCCGGCGGUGGCUGCGGCGGCCUGAGCGAGAUGCUCCCGGUCCUCGGCGGCAGCGGCGGCGGCGGCGGCCUCGGCCAGGGCCUUGGGUCUCUCCCGGGCGCGAGCACUCAGGCGCCUCUCCUUCUGCCGGGUUAACCCGGACAAAGAGGAGAGACGGCCCCGAAGUGAGGGGGCAGCGAGGAACCCAGAGGAGAGCGCGGUGCCUCCCGCCUCGGCACCAUGGCUGGGCUCAUCAAGAAACAGAUUCUGAAGCACCUCUCCAGGUGCACAGGUCAAGGACACUCCAACCAACUGAUCCACACUGGCCAGGGCAAUGGAGUUUACAUUUUAAUCAGAAGAUGCCGAUAAUAAAUAAAUUUACUAAAAAUUUAUCUCCUGACAAGAUAAAUCUAAGUACUCUUAAAGGAGAAGGUGAACUGAAGAAUUUGGAGUUGGAUGAAGAGGUGCUCCAGAAUAUGUUGGAUUUGCCAACAUGGCUUGCUAUCAACAAAGUUUUUUGUAAUAAGGCAUCUAUUAGGAUCCCAUGGACAAAACUGAAAACACAUCCCAUCUGUUUGUCCUUAGAUAAAGUAAUAAUGGAAAUGAGUACAUGUGAAGAACCACGAAAUCCUAAUGGCCCAUCACCAAUUGCAACUGCUUCAGGACAGAGUGAAUACAGCUUUGCUGAAAAAGUAGUUGAGGGAAUCACUGUUUCUGUAAAUUCUAUUGUCAUCCGCAUUGGAGCAAAAGCGUUCAAUGCAUCCUUUGAACUUUCCCAGCUGCGGAUCUAUAGCGUGAAUGCAAACUGGGAGCAUGGAGAUUUAAGAUUUACUCGUAUUCAAGAUCCACAGAGAGGAGAGGUUUUGACAUUUAAAGAAAUAAAUUGGCAGAUGAUUCGAAUAGAGGCAGAUGCUACCCAAAGUUCACAUCUUGAAAUUAUGUGCGCUCCUGUUCGAUUAAUAACCAACCAAUCAAAAAUCAGAGUUACACUUAAAAGAAGAUUAAAGGACUGCAACGUCAUUGCAACAAAGUUAGUUCUAAUAUUGGAUGACUUGUUAUGGGUUUUAACGGAUUCUCAGUUGAAGGCUAUGGUACAAUAUGCAAAAUCUCUUAGUGAAGCAAUAGAAAAAUCAACAGACCAAAGGAAGAGUAUGGCUUCUGAACCUACACAGAGCUCCACAGCAGCCCCAUCUACGCAGCAAGUGAAGUCACCCCAGGCUUCAAAUGCUCCUGAUCUAAAUGAUGCAAUCGUGAAACUGUUCAAUGACUUCGAUGUCAAAGAAACUUCCCAUCAUUUAGUGAUUUCUCAUCUAGACCUACACAUAUGUGAUGAUAUUCAUGCUAAAGAAAAAGAGUCAAAUAGACGUAUUACUGGAGGGGCUAUGCAACUGUCUUUUACAAAAUUGACUAUAGAUUAUUAUCCGUAUCACAAAGCAGGAGAUAGUUGUAAUCAUUGGAUGUAUUUUAGUGAUGCAACCAAGACAAAAAAUGGAUGGGCUGACGAGUUGUUACAUGAAUUUGAGUGCAACGUUGAAAUGCUUAAACAGGCUAUAAAGGAUCAUAAUGUAGGUUCACCACCUAAAUCCCCAACACAUGCCUCUCCCCAGCACACACAAACAGAGAAAGACUCUGCUGUGAAAGGGACUUCCAGAAUACCUUCAGUGUUUUCUCAACAGUCCAAAGCUAAGUUAAUGUCUAGUUCUGUUGUGGUUAGACUUGCAGAUUUCAAUAUAUAUCAGGUCUCUACAGCAGAACAAUGUCGUUCUUCCCCCAAAAGUAUGAUUUCUUGCAAUAAAAAAUCCCUGUAUCUUCCACAAGAAAUGUCAGCUGUCUACAUAGAAUUCACAGAAUAUUACUAUCCAGAUGGAAAGGAUUUUCCAAUUCCAUCUCCCAACCUUUAUAGCCAGCUGAAUGCACUACAGUUUACUGUGGAUGAAAGAAGUAUUCUGUGGUUAAAUCAAUUUCUAUUGGAUUUAAAACAGAGCCUUAGUCAAUUUAUGGCUAUAUACAAGUUGAAUGACAAUUCAAAAUCUGAUGAGCAUGUUGAUAUUCGAGUUGAUGGCUUAAUGCUAAAGGUUGUUAUUCCUUCUGAAAUGAAAUCUGAAUGUCAUCAAGAUCAACCGCAUGCAAUUUCUAUUCAGAGUUCUGAAAUGAUUGCCACAAAUACAAGACACUGUCCAAACUGUCGACAUUCUGACCUAGAAGCCUUGUUUCAAGACUUUAAAGAUUGUGACUUUUUCAGUAAAACAUAUACUAGCUUCCCCAAGUCAGGUGACAGUUUUAAUCUUCUACAUCCAAUCUUCCAGAGACAUGCUCAUGAACAAGAUACCAAAAUGCAUGAAGUUUAUAAAGGAAAUAUUACUCCCAAGUUGAGUAAACACACUCUUAAAACUUCUGCUGCCACAGAUGUUUGGGCUGUGUACUUUUCUCAAUUUUGGAUAGAUUAUGAAGGGAUGAAAAGCGGAAAAGGACGACCACUAAGUUUUGUAGACUCUUUCCCUCUUUCCUUCUGGAUUUGUCAGCCAACAAGGUAUGCACUGUCUCAAAAAGAGCUUCAGACUUGUAAUCAAAUAUCUCUAAAUACAUCACAAAGUGAAUCUAGUGAUCUGACUGGCCGAUUGAAGCGGAAAAAGCUCUUGAAGGAGUAUUACAGUACAGAGUCUGAGCCCUUAACAAAUGGAAGGCAGAAAUCUUCCGAUACAUUUUUAAGAUUUUCCUCUUCAUCAGAUGCAGAUAUUCAUGUCCUGGUUCAUGUUCAUAAACACGUCAGUAUGCAGAUCAAUCACUACCAGUAUUUGUUCUUGCUUUUCCUCCAUGAAUCACUUAUCCUCCUUUCAGAGAACUUAAGGAAUGAUGUAGAAGCGGUGACUGGCAGUCCUGCUAGUCAGACAUCCGUUUGCAUUGGAAUUUUACUUAAAAGUGCAGAAGUGGCUCUUUUACUACAUCCAGUGGAACAAGCAAAUACUCUUAAGUCUUCUAUUUCUGGAGGUGUGAACCCAAUAGUUCCCGAUUAUUUGCCUACAGAAAACAGAGAAUUCUUAUCUUCAAAAAGGAAACAAGUUAGUAAUGGUAUCAAUCAAAUUAGAAGUGUAACUGUUAAUCAUAUGUCAGAGAACAGAUCUAUGAGUGUUGACCUUAGCCAUGUCCCUUUGAAGGAUCCUUUGCUUUUUAAAUCAGCUAGUGACACAAAUCUGCAAAAAGGUAUUUCUUUUCUGGAUUAUUUGUCAGAUAAAAAUUUAGAGAGAAUAAGUGAAGAUGAAAGUAGUGGAAUUCUUUGCAAAAGUGGCUCAGAACAAAUUGGAUUAGAAACAAGGGACAAAAGGAAAUUAUCUCAUACAGAUUCAAAUAGUGUCUUAAACUACAGAGAACAUUCAGACAUGCUGUCAUUUGAUAAUGAUGGUAAUCAAAAUGUGCUUUCAAGUAGUUUAACUAGUGAAAGAAAUGAAACCAUAAAGUCGAUCUUUAAAGCUGAAGAUUUGCUCCCAGAAACAGCUUCACUCACUGAGAACCUGGAAUUCAGUAAAGAAGAAGCACCCACAGUGAGAACACUUAAAUCACAGUCAUCUUUAAGUGGGAAGCCUAAGGAACACUGCCCACCGAACCUGGUUCCACACUGUACAUCCUACAAGAACAUAAAAAGAAGCUCCUCACAAACCUCAUUGGAUACCAUUUCACUUGACAGCAUGUUAUUGGAAGAACAGUUGUUAGAAAGUGAUGGAGUUGAUAGUUUUCUGGAAAAAGUUAUUAAAAAGAACUCAAGUACAAAUUGCCAGAACCCAGCAAAUAGUGCAAAUGCCACUGCAAACCUACAGAAUUGUGGUGAAACCUCUCCAGAUGCCAUCAGUACAAAUUCAGAGGGUGCUCAAGAAAACCAUAAUGACCUGAUGUCAGUCGUGAUGUUUAAAAUUAUUGGUGUUAAUGGGGAAAUUCACAUCCGAGGGGAAGAUACAGAAAUCUGUCUUCAAGUGGACCAAGUGACACCGGAUCAAUUAGGCAAUAUCAGUCUUCGGAAUUACCUUUCCAAUCGUUCAGUAGGUUCUGAUCAUAAAGCUGUUAUUCAUUCCAAAUCCUCUCCUGAGAUUACUCUGAGAUUUGAAAGUGGGCCUGGUGCUAUAAUGCACUCUUUGCUUGCAGAAAAAAAUGGAUUUCUGCAAUGCCAUAUAGAAAACUUUAGCACUGAGUUUCUUACAUCUUCUCUUACGAAUAUUCAACAUUUUUUGGAAGAUGAUACUGUUGCAACAGUGAUGCCAAUGAAGAUACAAGUUUCUAAUACAAAAAUAAAUUUAAAAGAUGACAGUCCUCGUAGUGGUACAAUAUCCCUUGAACCAGCUCCUGUAGCCAUUCAUAUUGAUCAUCUUGUGGUAGAGAGAAAUGACGAUGGCUCUUUUCAUAUCAGAGAUUCUCAGAUGCUUAACACUGGGAAUGAUUUGAAAGAAAACGUCACAAGUGAAUCAGUGCAGCUUUCCAGUGGAAAGUAUGAUCUGAAGGAACAGCACAGUGUCACUCAAGCCACUCAGACAAGUCCAGAGACACCUUGGCCUUCUCAGUCAGUUCACUCUCCCGAGCGCUCCUUUAACUUCACUCGGGAACAGCUCAUGGAAGAGAAUGAAUCUCUUAAGCAGGAAUUGGCUAAAGCUAAAAUGGCUCUUGCAGAGGCUCACCUGGAGAAAGAUGCUCUUCUUCAUCAUAUAAAGAAGAUGACAGUUGAAUAGCAGGAGUGACAGUCAAAACCCAAAUUAUAGCUCUGCAGUCGGGAGGUUAUAUUUAUAAUGUGAUGUUACCAACGAGUGGGAGAAUUUCCUUUUAAUGAAAUGACAAUAAAAUUAAAUGGUAUGUGAUGAAGUAGUGACUAGUCCAAAGCCAGUUUAGGAAAUAUUAGGUAUGGGCAUUACAAUCUUUGGUUGUUUUGUGUUUGUUAACCCUCUUUUAAACUGGUCUGAUAUAGGGAAGUCAACACAUACUGUAAAGUAAUUUCAUGCCUAAUGAAGAUGUCAUUUCUUAAUUUUGAUAUCACACUAUAGGCAUUUUUUUAAAAAGAAAAAUGAAAACCUAUUGUGUUCCUCAGAUUAUUGAAUUUAUCACUCUCUGUUAAUGAUUACUAUGAUUUACAAAGAUUCAAAUGCUUUUAGGGCUAAUGUAAAAUAAAAGGCUUACAUUUUAAAUGUUUUAAAAUAAUGUACUUAAAUCUAUAAGUAUUUAAUUACUGUAAAAAGUCCAAUCAGACAAUAAAUUAUAUAAUUUUGGGUUUGAAAAUUCUGGCAAAUCACCCUACUGAACUUAUAAAGUAACUUGGAAAUGUGAAAAAGAAAUCUUUUUAAAUGAUGGGUAAACUGUAUAAAUUGAGACUAUAAUUUGCAACAAAAAAUGGUACAAGUGUAAAAAAAAAAUCACAAACUGUAAAAAAGCAAAACAUUAGAGCAGCGGUUCUCAAUCUGUGGGUCGCGACCCCUUUGUCGGUCGAACGACCCUUUUACAGGGGUCACCUAAGACCAUCCUGCAUAUCAGAUAUUUACAUUACGAUUCAUAACAGUAGCAACAUUAUGGUUAUGAAGUAGCAAUGAAAAUAAUUUUAUGGUUGGGUCACAACAUGAGGAACUGUAUUUAAAGGGCCAGAAGGUUGAGAACCACUGCAUUAGAGUAUAUGGCCAACUGAUUUAAAAAGCAUUAUUUGUACAUUCUUUGAAACAUUUCUUGUUAGAAGUAAAAGAGUAACCAGCUAAAUUUGGCAGCAUUUGUAACUACGAAUUUUAAUUAAUACGAUUUAUAUUAUUUCUUUACCUUUAUCUUUUCUCUAUUUAAGAGUAAAAUUUUCAGAGUAUUUUCUUUAUACAUACAAGAAAAAUUUCAUACCAUUCUUAUAGUAUCAGAUUAGGUGGAUGUUUGCACAUAUCCAGUUUAUAUAGCUAGUUUUGAUUAAAGUUCUUUAUGAUAUAUAUACUGUCUUCUAUAAUAAGAAUGACUGGUAAAUUUUGAAUUCUAUUUUCUAGGAAUUGUUGAGGUUGAAACCAACAUGAGAGAGAAUCUCUUUCAUGCAUUAUGAAAUAAAAGUUCCUAGUGUUUAAGCAAGAGAGGUUUUUGAAGACUUAAAGUAUAUUUGUGAUAUAAUUAAACAGACAGACUUAAAUAGAUAGUCUAUUUUAAAAUUUGCAUUCUUAAAUAUAAGUAUAUCCAAGAUAGAACAUGAAACAGCUGGACUACUUGUUCUGUAAGGUACUUGACAAUUUUAAACCACGUUACGACACUUUAUGGUGCUUUGCUUGUUGGCAGGAGUAUAGCCAUCCCUAUGUCUGAGCACUUGGAGGAAAAUACAGGCUUCAUUUAGUUAAGUGUUGGAGUGACUUGGAUUUUAUUUAAAACAGUACUGGUCUUUUCUUCUGUAACAUCCAUUUUCAUUGACAUGACUUUAAUACAGGCCUUGUUUUGGGAGCUGAUGCUACAGCAAAGAACAGAUUUAAAUUGUGAAUAUUUUACCUCAAAGUAUUUAAAAAUUAUGUUAAACUGUGUUAAUCUAAAACUAUGUAAUAGUCUUAGAUUAAAAACAAAGGUCUAAUUCAAUAUUUAAUAUUAUAGCUAAUAUCCUUUGUAGAGUACUUUUGAUUUAUAAGUAUAUAUUCAACGAAUGCAGUCUCAUAUAGAAAAACGGAUUUGAUGGGACAUUAACUUCUUCAGAGCCGACAGUGUUUCUCAGGAUUGACCGAUUUGCUCUAUAGAAAUUUUAAAUUUGUGGCAUAUUACAGUUGUUUAGUGUUAUGGAAGCCAAAUGUCUGUCUUAUUCCUUUUUAUUGGCCAUCUUAAGAAAGCCAUACAAACAGUAGAUAUGAUAAUUAAUGUGGAUCUGAGCAUUCUACUUGCAAUGUUGGAUUUUUUAAAAAUUUAUAGUGAGUACUGUUUUUAUAGAGAUUUAAAAUUCACUAUCUCAUGUAAUUUCCACAAGAAAACCUGAGUAUUAUUUACAUUUUAGAAGUUAAAUAAAAACACUAAGGCUCAGAAGGGACAAGUGACUUUACUGAAAUCAUAGUUAAUAACUUGCUCUUUUGACUUAAAUCCCAGUUAUAUGCUUUUAUUUUACUUUGGUCAUUAAUUCGCAGAUUUUGCCAGGGGUGGGGAGAAUCACUGUCUUUUAUCUGUUUUUCUUUUAAAGAUAAAUAUAAUACUUUUAAUUAUGUGUGUGUGUGUGUGUGUGAGAGAGAGAGAGAGAGAGAGAGAGAGAUGUAUUAUGCAAACUAUGUAUAAGAUAGUGGGAGGAUUUUUGAUUGAUUAAGUGAAUCCCAUCCUUUUUGGUGGUUGAAAAGUAAACCACAUAUUAGAAAUAAAGUUGCCAUAUCUUGAAAAAAUUUUUUUCUAAAUCUCUGUAAGACUACUGAUCAGGGGAAUGAAAUUGUAAUCAUGUUUGUUUGUUUGUUAAUAUUGAUUUUUUACAGAGAGGAAGGGAGAGGGAUAGAGAGUUAGAAAUAUUGAUGAGAGAGAAACAUCGAUCAGCUGCCUCCUGCACAACCCCUACUGGGGAUGUGCCCGCAACCAAGGUACAUGUCCUUGACUGGAAUCGAACCUGGGACCCUUCAGUCUGCAGGCUGAUGCUCUAUCCACUGAGCCAAACCGGUCAGGGCGAUGUAAUCAUGUUUUGCAUUUUAAUUUUGUGUAUGUCAAAAAACAUUUUCUUGGUGUCUUGUAUUUUUUUCCCUUUUCUCAUAUUUUAUCCUAGAAUUUCAGAAGACCAUCUUGUGACACUAUAAAGCAUCAUUACCAUUAUUAUUAACCCUCAUUGGAGAACAUGCUUAUUGAUUUUAGAGAGCGGGGAAGAGAGAGAGACCUCGAUGUGAGAGAGAAAUAUAGACGGUUGCCUCAUGUUUGUGCCCUGUUUGGGGAUUGAACUUGCAACCUAGGUAUGUGUCUCUGACUGUGAAUCGAACCCACAACCUUUAGGUGCACUGGAUGAUGCUCCAACUAACUGAGCCACACCGACCAGGGCUGAAGCAUUAUUUUUUUAUUUUUUAAAUAAGAGGCAUGUUUGUUUUUUUUUAAGUGAAACAGGCUUAAGAUAGAAAUUUUAUUUUAAUUUUAAUAUAUUUUAUUGAUUUUUUUACAGAGAAGAAGGGAGAGCGAUAGAGAGUUAGAAACAUCAAUGAGAGAGAAACAUCGAUCAGCUGCCUCCUGCACACUCCCUACUGGGGAUGUGCCCGCAACCAAGGUACAUGCCCUUGACCGGAAUUGAACCUGGGACCCUUCAGUCCGCAGGCUCUAUCCACUGAGUCAAACUGGUUAGGGCCUGAAGCAUUAUUUUUUAUUUAAGGCAUGUUAGUAUGGCAGUGUAUGAUUGCAGGCAAAUAUUUAUGGUUUUUUAUUGUAGUUAUUAUUAUUCGAUACUUGCCAAUACAGGAGUUAUAAUUUCCUCUUUAACAAGUUUUUAUUAACCUCCAGUUUAUUUAAAGCAUCAUCCUAUUUCAGUAAAUGGCAACACCAUCACCCUGGUUCCCAAACUAGUAACCUAGAAUUCAUCUUAGACACUGUCUUCUCUCUAAUUCAUUCAUAUUAUCUCUCUCUCUCCCCCCCCUCUCCCCCCUCCUUCUCUUUCCCCCCCUCCUUCCCUCCCUCCCUGUCAAUUUAUUGCCUGUCAAUUUACCAUGCAAACAUCUCUCAAACUUGUCCACUUAUCUUCGCUUCUCACCACCUUUUAAAUCUAAGCUACCAUCAGCAUGUUUGGCCUGCAUUACUUGAAUUGCCUCCUAACUGGUCUUCUUACAGCUGCUCUGAACCUACUACGAUUCAUUCUGUAUAUCCAGGCAGAGUUCUCGUUUUGAAAUCACACAGGAUAUAAGGCAGCCUACUCAUUCUUACCCACAGCUUAAGCCACUUUAAUGACUUUUAAUUGCUCUUAAGAUGAAAACAAAAAUAUGUUGUGACCUAUGAGGUCACGUAUAUUAGGUCUAUCAUUUACUUUAUAGAAUAACUCUGAGCAUUAGAAGAGGUAAUGUCUCAUAAAAUUAAAACAGUGGCUGACACAUCACCUUAAAAAGCACUCAGUAGAAGCUAGUUAUUGUUACUACUGCUUAGUUAGCCUCAUUGUGUACUAUGUUUCAGUUACUUUGUGUUCUACUUAAGUAUCUGGAAUAAGUGAGAAUAGAGUACUUCUUCCACAUUGGAAACUUUGCUCAUGCUAUUCCUUUGGCUUGAAAUACCUUUCCCUACUCAUGUAACUCCUAUUUCAUAUCUUUCAUAUCUCAGCUCAUUCCCUAAUUUCUAUCACAAAGCAAAACUGCUGGGACACAUUGUCACAUGAACACAGACCUCCAGUUAGCAUUGAACACCUUUGUAAUUUUAUAUGUAUUUGAUUAAUGUAGAUCAUCUAGAAGAUUGUAAACUCAGUGAGGACGGGAAUUAUGUUUUUGUUGUUGUCAUUGUUGAACUUUGUAUUCCUUAUGCCUCAUACAGUGCCUGGCACAUAGUAGGUGCUCAAUAAGUUUGUUGAAUAAAAUGGAUGAGGUAUCAA